AUGACGAGAUUAAUACCACUUAUCUUAUCCACUACACUCCUUCUAAUAGCCACCUGUGUGGCGGCGGCCGACGAACCCACGGCCUCGCAAUUGCGGAACCAGAAACGACAACAAUCGGUGAUUCGACGUUUGUAUGGGCCCGAGAAUGCGCACGUUCGCAAGGCGAGACGGGAAUUGGAGGAACGCCCCGAACGCAGCCGGACGGGCAAGCUAGGAGAUCCCAACCACAGGGUUCCCUAUGAAAACCAUCCGUACGAUCCCGAAACGAAGCGCCGCAAAUUGGAGCAAGAAGUGGAAACGAUCACGCUUGAAGGAAACUUUCGGCCGAUGCGGAUUCGGUUUGAUACCCAAGCAUUGGACGAUCGUCGAACGGCAGAGAAUGCGGCCAAGAUUGACUUUAUUGAGAAUGAAAUUCUUCCCAAAACGAAAGACUUUUGGAGUGCCGCCUUGUCGGUGAUUCCAGUGAACGGCAAUUUGAAGGUUUCGACCAAUGAGCUAGACGGACGAUCCUUUUGUGGGGAUUCCGAAUUUACCGAAGUGCCUGCCGAACACAUUUCCACCGGAUUGUCGAAUACGGAUUUGGUCUUGUACGUCAGUGGAACACCAUCCACUCGGUUCUGUUCGGGAACUACCUUGGCAGUCGCAGUUGCCUGCAACUUUGAUCAAUUUGAUCGACCGACUGCGGGUGCCAUUAAUAUCUGUUUGGAUCAAAUUGAAGUCGAUGCCGAUGGUACCGCUUCGCCAUCUGUGGUCCAAGACAAUGUGGAUGUGCUGAUUCACGAAACGGCCCACGUCUUGGGACACUCGUCCAACAGCUACCGAUACUUUUGGGAUUCCGAAACGGGAGUGGAACGCACUCCUCGUCCCUUUGCCUCCCGCACGGUUACCUGUGUCGAUGAUGUCGAACGCGAUUUGAUUCUUCCAGCCGACAACACUAUGAAAUUCUUUGAAGCGGACAAUGGGCAACGAUAUGCAGCAAUUGUUACUCCCAAGGUCAAGGCCGUGGCAAGAAAUCAAUUUGAUUGUCAAUCACUAGAAGGAGCCAAGCUGGAGAAUCAGCCUACUGGAGAUGAUUCUUGUGCAGGGGAUCACUGGGAUGAACACGACUACUAUCCAGAAGCUCUGUCCGGAGUCAUUUCUCCUACUACCAAUAUCCUAAGUACUUUGACAUUGGCUCUCAUGGAAGACUCUGGAUGGUACAAGGCCAACUACACCAUGGGGGCUGCCAAUCCAUGGGGGCUUGGGGCCGGCUGUGACUUUGUGGAACAGCCUUGCUUAAAACCCGAUCCAGCCACGGGACAAGUUUCCGUUCCAGAGUACGCCAGAGGAUACUUUUGCACGGAACAAUCCAAGCCUGGUUGCUCUCCUGCCUUGACGCACAAGAUGGCUUGCACCGUGCUGGACUAUUUUUAUAUUCUGCCACGAACCCUACCCUCGAACCGUUUUCAAUACUUUCCAGACGAACCCACCAAGGGUGGUCCCCGUCAAGCAGACUAUUGUCCCGUCAUGGGCAGUACCUACAAGGGUCUGGAUGCAGAAGGCUUGUCUUGUUCCGAUCCAAGAAAUGCCGAACUCUUGAAUGUCUACAGUGAGGUUUAUGGUGAGGGUAGUCAAUGCAUCGAAAGUCUGCCAGACAAUAUUGGUGGAACGACUGGGGGUGACGGAAAAUGCUACCAAACUGCAUGUAUCAAGGACGAAAUGGUCUUAAAGAUCAAUGUCCGAGGCGAAUGGCUCACUUGCGAAAACGAUUUCCAAGAACUUUCUGUCAGAGUCGGAGGUGGCGCCGUGCCAUUGACACUCAAAUGUCCUCGUCUAUCGACUGCCUGCCCCGAUCUAUUCUGCCCAUUCAAUUGCGCCGGACGAGGAUAUUGUAACUAUUCCAAUUCCGUCAAUGGUACCAUUCAGCCAAAAUGCGUGUGCUUUGAUGAAAGCGACACAUCACCUGGGUGUUCCGAUUCGCUAUUGCCCGACGGCGACUAUAUGGAAACUGCGGCCGGUUUGUUUGACAAUAUCGAGGAGAACUUUUUCGAUCCUCUUGUUUCAGUCUUUGUGGAUCAUCCAGACAAGUGGACCACAGCAGCCUGGACUUGGGCCGGAGGUCUCUUGACCAUCUUUUUGAUUAUGCUAUUAUGCAUCUGCUCUACCUUUUGGCCCACCAAGGCCGACAAGUACUAA